CUCGAGUCUCGCGUGAUCUGUCAUGGCGUCGUAGCAGACUGCAUUUGGUUCGUGGCAGAAACAAUAUACUACAACCAUGCAUCUAGCUCUCAGCGACACAGGGAUGACACUUGCCAUCAACGCGGCUAUGUCUGCGUGUGGCUUUCUGCUGUGUUUGAACAUAAUUCCCAAAUUUGGAAGCAUGUUUGUCAAAGCGAAUCUCUUCGGUGUGGACAUGAGCAAAAGUUCCAAGGCGAAAGUACCAGAGGCACUGGGUGUGAUAUGUGGAGCUGUCUUCCUGAUUGUCAUGUUUCUCUUCAUCCCUGUUCCCUUCUACAAACACUUGUCAGACACAGACACAGCCAAGUUCCCCUAUCAUGAGUAUGUGGAGUUUAUAGCAGCCCUCCUGUCAAUCUGCUGUAUGAUAUUUCUGGGAUUUGCUGACGAUGUCCUUGACCUUAAGUGGCGACACAAGCUGAUGCUGCCGACGAUGGCAUCCCUCCCGCUACUGAUGGUGUACUUCGUCAACUUCAACUCUACCACCAUCAUUGUACCCAAACCCCUGCGGAUGCUGGUCGGGUAUGAUGUCAACCUAGGGUUGCUGUACUAUGUAUACAUGGGGAUGCUGGCUGUGUUCUGUACCAAUGCGAUCAACAUUUUGUCUGGGGUCAACGGCUUGGAGGUUGGACAGUCCUGGGUCAUAGCAGUCUCUGUACUCAUCCAUAACUUUAUAGAACUCUCAGGAGACUAUCGGUCCAAUCAUGUCUUCUCCAUGUAUUUCAUAAUGCCUUUCUUCGGAGUGUGUUCAGCGCUACUUUAUUACAACUGGUACCCGUCGAGAGUGUUUGUUGGGGACACGUUCUGCUACUUCGCGGGGAUGACAUUUGCAGUUGUCGCCAUCCUCGGACACUUCAGCAAGACCAUGCUGCUCUUCUUUGCCCCCCAAAUCUUCAACUUCAUAUACUCCGUGCCACAGUUGUUUAAACUGGUGCCCUGUCCUCGACAUCGAUUACCUAAAUAUGACCCCAAGUCUGACAAAGUUGGUAUGAGUUACACAACUUUCAAGAAGCGUGACCUUCACCCUGUUGGUGACCUGUGUCUAAAGGUCAUGAGGUCACUGUUCCUGGUGGAGGUGAAGGACAGACAGGGGGAGGACGGGGAGUUGAUUGAGUGCAACAACCUGACUCUCAAUAACCUCAUUCUCAAGUUUGUGGGGCCCCUGCAUGAAAAAACGCUGGUUGUUAUAAUUCUGUGUUUUCAGGUAGUUUGCAGCGCUGUUGCAUUUCUCAUCCGAUAUCAGCUGUCAAGACUCUUCUAUGAUUCAUGAAUCAUGCCAGGAUUCAUCUGUUGUUUUGUUUUGCUUGUAUUGUUAAGCUUUCGAGGAGACUUUUACACCAUUCUUUGACUACAACACUGUUGAUUAUAGUCAAUCCUAUUUAUUGCGACAGUAGUUUAUCAUAGAGAAUCAUGCUAAAAAUUGCUAUGUUGUCUCAUUGCGAUGUGUGCUUGAAGAUUUACACAAACUGUUCAUCUUUCUCCUUUGGACAUAUUGUACAGACUUUUCUUUUUAUCCUUAUUAUUUGGUUCACAGACUUUAAAAAAUAAUAAUAUUGGGAUGGUAGAUGGUAAGUAAGAAAAUAUAUUUUUUAUUAUGGUAUCGUACACUUUUUUUUGGUGAGGUGAAAUAAAAUUAAAUGAAACUAAAGAAAAAUAAUUCAAAUGGGUCAAAGUUUCCUUCCCUGUUGACUUUUGAAUUAAAAAGCUAAUUAUUCCAUUUCAUUUGGGUUGACAGGUUCAUAACUUAUGUAAGAUAUAGCCAUUUUGUCUGGUUUUCAUGAAAGAAAUGAGUGGCUGAAUGAAUUUGGAAAUGAUUGAUAGUGUGAGCAUCCACUUGAAGCCUCAGGGUAUUAUUCUACACUGAGUCAGCCAGGGUGCGGCUCAGCACUGAUAUUCUGUAGUACAUCACAUCACUGCUGUGUGGAGAGGAAGAUCCAGGAGCUUGAAGAUGGGGGAUGAUGACUGGUGUCGGCAUGAGCGUCAGUAAUAUGAAUAUUACACAUUCGUUAGUCCGACUGAUGUGGUUCAGUGAUUGUGUUUUGACAACCUGUAGUAUGUUUGAUCGACAGUUGCUCUUACUGGCUUGCGUGUGUCUCUAGAACAAUGCAGUAACUCGGUCAAUGUUACCUCUGGCCACUACAACCAGGUUGACCCAUAAUUGACUUUCUGAUACUCGUAAGAUGUGUAAAGAUAAACAUUUGACAGUGCGUAUAAUAUUUGCGAGCUUGCUCUUCAAUGCACUCUUCAGUCUGGGCCCUCUGAGCCCUGUUCCAUUAAGCCAUCGUAGUUAGUCUCUGUUUAAGUAUGGGAGUUACGAUCGCUUUAGCACUACGACUGUUGUAAGUCCAUGUUUAAGUAUGGGAGUUACGAUCGCUUUAGCACUACGACUGUUGUAUGUCCAUGUUUAAGUAUGGGAGUUA